UCAAUUCAAGAAUUAUUCGGUAAAUUAUUGCCACUUGAAAAGCACAAGAAAAUUGCGGCGUGACAUAUUGGUGCCGGAGUGUUGGCCCUUUUUGGCAAAAACUGUGGGCAAACUCGAUAUUAAUGAACUGAUUGAGAAGGAACAGGAUUUUGGAAGACACUUGAAUGAUUGUCAUAGACUAGAUUCAGAAUGACAAUGCAAGCAAACAGUAGAAGACUGCCAAAUGCAGAAUUAUUUAUCCCUUUGACACCUGUGUUUCCUGUGGACCAUAAUGGAGGAAGAAAUGACUUUAGAAAUCGCGUUCAUUCUCUUCCUAGCAUGAACUUUAAUCCAAAUUUCACACCACAUUCAAGUCAUAGCAAGUCACAUUCUCAUGGACAAAAUUCAUCAUCAAUAAAUAGAAAAAGGAGAAGUUACUCAUCAGCACAGCCAAAUGGACUUAUAAUUGUCAAUGAUGAACCUGAUAACAAGAAAAAGAAAGGCCCAGCCAAUGUCAUUCCAGCAGACAUUGACCCAAAGAUGUCAUAUUUUGACACGUUAUCAAAUGAAAUGAUGCAAUAUUCAGCUGCAUGUGAGCAAACUCAGGAGCUUCUAGAGAAAAAGCUGAGACUGCGUUCCACGCUCUUAGGAAUAUUUAGAAGAGAGUUUCCAGGUGCAAGCCUUCAUCUGGUUGGCUCGUCUUGCAAUGGUUUUGCCUCCCAAUCAAGUGAUGCAGAUUUUUGUUUGAUGUUGACUCAUUGGAGACACGUCGACCAGAGAUUUGAAGCCGUUCACUACCUUAGAACACUACAUAGAUUAUUAAAACACUUCCCAUAUAUAAGAGAGCUUCAAGUUAUUAGAGCAAAGGUUCCAAUUUUAAAGUUCAAAGAUUCUGUGAGUGCUUGUGAAUGUGAUAUAAACAUUAACAAUUCAGUUGGAAUUCGAAACACGCAUCUUCUCCGAACGUAUUCCCGAGUGGACAAGCGGGUUCGCCCUUUAAUAGUGGUCGUAAAAAGAUGGGCAAAUCUACAAGGAAUUAACAACGCCCACCAGGGGACUCUGUCUAGCUACUCGCUUGUUCUCAUGGUGAUUCAUUAUUUGCAAGCUGGCACAAAGAUCCCUGUCAUCCCCUCCCUUCAACAGCAGUAUCCUGACUAUUUCAGACAAGACCUGAACCUCGACUAUCUACCGAUGUUUGAACCUGCUGACAUGAUUCCUUGCAACAGAUCGGCCAAUAAACAAACAGUAGGAGAACUUUUUGAAGGAUUCCUCGACUAUUAUGCAAACAACUUCAGGUGGGAUUUCCUGGCAGUGAGCGUCCGGCUCGGCAGGGCUACACCGAAGGCACUGAGUCCAGGCGCGAGGGAAAAGCCAAUCUUUAUCGAAGAACCAUUUGAUCUCACCAACACGGCACGAUCAGUCCACUGUCAGAGGAACUUCGACAAAAUCAGGUUCCAAUUCAAAAAGGCACACCAGCUGAUGAAAGAGAAACCUCCGCUGGCUGAAAUAUUCAGCGACCACGUUUACUAGCAUGGAAUGGACUCGCCCUCGUUGUUGUUGUUGUUGUUUCAUAUUUAUGUAACUGUUUUGUGUUAAGGGCCUACCAGGCGAUUUUGGAGAGUGGAGGUGUCCCUUGGUAUGACAUGGGCAACACCCACCAGUCUCCUAUCAUGGAUUAUCUUGGUAGAUAUUUUGGCAAUCAUUUUUGGAAUUUUCCGUCGAAUACGGCAUAUAUUUUGUUGUAAUUGUAUUGGUUUAUAACUAUAGCGUACAAUUCAAAUGUGUAACAGGUUACUUUGCCUUGCGUACCCACCAAACUGGAUCGGAAGCCUUCAUAGAGUUAGCCUUCACGAGUGUAAAAAUCAUGUGAUUAUUAAAUGAAGCUAGACUAAAGCUAGAAAAAGGUAGCUAUUGAAACUUCAGGUCCACUGUGGAAUCGCCACAGCGGAAUUUCCAACGCGGAAUCCUCACUGCAGAAUCCCCAUGGCAGAAACUCACUGUGGAAUCUCCAUUGUGAUAUCUACAAACGUUAGGAUCUGAAUUUCAGAUUUUGCAAGUAAUCUCUUUUUCAUUGCUUCAAAAUUUCCCAUCCUUCUGCAAACUCUUAAUUUGUUAAAACGAUGUUAUUUGGCAUUGUUUAUGCAGUGCAGUUAUUUAUUGGUUAAAGCUUACUAACACGCCAAAUUAGUUCAUGGCAAUGCUCUGAAUUAUUAUGCUCUGAAAUAUUUUAAAAAUUAGCUUUCAUGUAUAACCUUUUACAUAUUGUUAUGAUAAUUUAAGUAAAAAUUCUCUAUGUGAAAUGUAAAUAAAGAAAUGUAGAUUUGUAACUAAAAUAUGGAAUUGAAUAUUUGGUUCUGAGUUUUUUUGUUCUCAAACUGCCAUUUGCACUGAGAAUAAUAUAUUCUUUGCGUGUGCUCAAGUUUCCAAACAACCGUCCUAGGAUAGGUAAGCUGCUGGUCUUAGUCAAAUGAGCAACUGCUUUUCAAAAGGUAAGCAACUGAUAUUGAUCCAAUAAAUAAGCAUUCAUGGAUAGGUAAGUCACUGCUCUUAGUCACAUGAGCAACUGGUUUUCAAAAAGGUAUGCACAUGAGCAACUGGUCUUCAAAAGGGUAAGCAACUGAUAUUAAUGAGAUAAACAGGCAUUCAUGGAUAGGUAAGUCACUGCUCUGAGUCAAAUGAUCAACUGCAUAGAAAUCUUUCUGAAUGGCUGAACGAACAGAAAACGGGCUUCGUUCGAAUAAAAAACAAGCCAGAUUCAAUAACAUUGCAGUAUUGAGCUUUAAGAAUGACAGAAUGAAAAAAGAAUGACAAUGAAAAGUUUUAUCACUGCACGAUUGUGACUUUCAUCAUUGCACAAAUAGGUCAUCACCCGCACGUUAAAUUUCUCUUUGGAAAGAACCUCAGUAUCUCAUCUGUCAAAAUUUUCAGUUGUUGUGAAUAUUGUUUGUGAGCUUCACAAUAAAAUAGACUGACUUGAAAAUUAUGAUUCCAAGCGCGGGUUUCCUACAAUGAGAAAACUUCCCAUUCAUGCUUUGUUAUGUUUCCAUUCGGUGCCAUUUCUGUCGCUGCGCAAGCGUCUUAGAGAAUCUAACCUAGAUGCGCC